AUGUCGCGCGCUCCUCCGCCUCCGCCCCCGGGCUGGGGCCCGCCGCCUCCUCCUCCGCCUCCUCCCUCCUCUUCGAUACCUCCUCCCCCGUCGGGAGCUGCGCCGCCGGCUCCUCCGCCACCGGGGUUCCUCCCUCACGCCGACCCGCAGAUCGCCAAGUUCGCGCAGAAGAAGAAGGAAUGGAUCCGACAGCAGCGAAACAGAUUUGGCGAGAAGCGCAAGGCAGGCUUCGUGCAGACGCAAAAGGCGGACAUGCCGCCCGAGCAUCUACGCAAGAUCGUCAAGGACAUCGGCGACGUUUCGCAGAAGAAGUACACCAACGACAAGCGAAGCUACCUCGGCGCCCUCAAGUUCAUGCCUCACGCUGUCAUGAAGCUCCUUGAGAACAUGCCCAUGCCCUGGGAGUCCGCUCGCGAGGUCAAGGUGCUCUAUCACGUCAACGGCUGCCUGACGCUGGUCAACGAGAUCCCGCGCGUCAUCGAGCCCGUCUUCUUCGCGCAGUGGGCGAUGAUGUGGACUUUUAUGAGAAAAGAGAAGGCCGACCGACGACUCUUCAAGCGCAUGCGCUUCCCGCCCUUUGAUGACGAAGAGCCGCCCCUGUCGUGGUCCGAGAACAUCGAAGAGGUCGAGCCGCUCGAGCCGAUUCAGAUGGAGCUCAACGAAGAAGAAGACGAGGCAAUCUACGAGUGGUUCUACGACCACCGCCCGCUCCUAGACACCUCGCACGUGAACGGCCCGAGCUACAAAACUUGGAACCUUACACUGCCUCAGAUGGCCGCGCUCUUCCGCCUGAGUCGACCGCUCGUUUCUGAGGUUUUCGACAAGAACUACUUUUAUCUGUUCGAUCUCAAGAGCUUCUUGACGGCCAAGGCGCUCAACGUUGCGCUCCCGGGUGGGCCACGCUUCGAGCCACUGUACAAGGACAUCGACCCGAAUGAUGAGGACUUUGGCGAGUUCAACGCCAUCGACCGGAUCAUCUUCCGCGACCCGAUCCGCACGGAACUCCGCGUUGCUUACCCGUUCCUGUACAACUCUCUACCCAGGAGCGUGCACCUGUCCUGGCACUCUUACCCACAGGUCGUGUUCAAGCGAGCAGAGGACCCCGACCUCCCGACAUUCCAUUUCGGCAGGGACAUCAAUCCUGUCUCGUCUCGCACCGUGGCGCCGAAGAACGUGGAUGUAUCCCACGAGGACGAGCUCUUCGGCCCCGGAAACAACGAGGAAGCGGAAGGCGAGGAAUUCGAGCUUCCUGCAGACGUCGAGCCUUUCCUAGACGAAGAGGAGCUCGAGAAUGAGGAUACCUCGUCGGCCAUUGAUCUGUGGUGGGCGCCAUACCCGUUCAACCGCCGCUCCGGUCGCAUGGUUCGGGCCCAGGAUGUGCCCCUCGUGAAGCAGUGGUACCUGGAGCACCCCCCCACCGACAAGCCUCCCGUCAAGGUCCGAGUCUCGUACCAGAAGCUGCUUAAGAAUUUCGUCCUGAAUGAGCUUCACACGAAGCCCCCCAAAGCCCACAACAAGCAGAACCUGUUGAGGUCACUGAAGCAGACAAAAUUCUUCCAGCAGACCUCCAUCGACUGGGUCGAAGCUGGUCUGCAGGUCUGCAGACAGGGUUUCAACAUGCUGAACCUCCUGAUCCACCGCAAGAACCUCACGUAUCUCCAUCUUGACUACAACUUCAACCUGAAGCCUGUCAAGACGUUGACAACAAAGGAGCGAAAGAAGUCCAGAUUCGGAAACGCGUUCCACCUGAUGCGAGAGAUUCUGAGAUUGACUAAGCUUAUCGUCGAUGCGCAAGUCCAAUACCGCUUGGGCAACAUUGAUGCCUUCCAGCUGGCCGACGGCAUUCUCUACGCAUUCAACCAUGUCGGUCAGCUCACCGGCAUGUACCGAUACAAGUACAAGCUCAUGCAUCAAAUCCGAACCUGCAAAGACCUGAAGCAUCUGAUCUACUACCGCUUCAACUCCGGGCCGGUCGGCAAGGGCCCUGGCUGUGGCUUCUGGGCCCCCGCGUGGCGUGUCUGGUUGUUCUUCAUGCGCGGCAUCAUCCCACUCCUGGAGCGAUGGCUCGGAAACCUGCUGUCGCGCCAGUUUGAGGGUCGCCACAGCAAGGGCGUCGCUAAGACCGUGACCAAGCAGCGCGUGGAGUCCCACUUCGACCUGGAGCUUCGCGCAUCCGUCAUGGCGGAUUUGAUGGACAUGAUGCCGGAGGGCAUCAAGCAGAGCAAGGUCAACACAGUGCUGCAGCACCUGUCCGAGGCCUGGCGAUGCUGGAAGAGCAACAUCCCCUGGAAGGUCCCCGGCCUGCCGGCCCCCAUCGAGAAUAUCAUUCUGCGAUACGUCAAGUCAAAGGCAGACUGGUGGAUUUCCGUGGCGCACUACAACCGUGAGCGUAUUCGACGCGGCGCCACUGUCGACAAGACUGUGGCGAAGAAGAACGUCGGCCGUCUUACUCGACUGUGGCUCAAGGCCGAGCAGGAGCGUCAGCAUAAUCACAUGAAGGAUGGACCCUACGUGUCUUCGGAAGAAGCCGUGGCCAUCUACACGACUACCGUGCACUGGCUCGAGUCUCGCAAGUUCUCGCCCAUCCCUUUCCCCAGCGUCUCCUACAAGCACGACACCAAGAUCCUGAUUCUUGCCCUGGAGCGGCUGAGAGAGGCGUACUCGGUCAAGGGCCGCCUGAACCAGAGCCAGCGUGAAGAGCUUGCCUUGAUCGAACAAGCCUACGACAACCCUGGUACGGCCCUGGAGAGGAUCAAGCGCUUCCUGUUGACGCAGCGGGCGUUCAAGGAAGUCAACAUCGACAUGAACGACAACUACAACACCAUCAACCCCGUGUACGACAUCGAGCCAAUCGAAAAGAUCAGCGAUGCCUAUCUGGACCAGUACCUUUGGUACCAGGCCGACCAGAGGCACCUGUUCCCCGCGUGGAUCAAGCCAUCUGACUCGGAGGUGCCGCCGCUGUUGGUGUACAAGUGGGCCCAGGGCAUCAACAACUUGAGCCAGGUGUGGGAGACCGAGAAUGGCGAGUGCAACGUUAUGAUCGAGACGGAGCUGUCCAAGGUCUACGAGAAGAUGGAGCUGACGCUGCUCAACUCCCUGCUGAGACUGAUCAUGGACCACAAUUUGGCCGACUACAUCACCGCCAAGAACAACGUUCAGUUGACAUACAAGGACAUGAACCAUGUCAAUAGCUAUGGCAUGAUUCGUGGUCUGCAGUUCUCAGCGUUCGUUUUCCAGUACUACGGCCUGGUGUUGGAUCUGCUGCUGCUCGGCCCGCAGCGUGCCAGCGAGAUUGCUGGCCCGCCGCAGGGUCCCAACGACUUCCUGCAGUUCCGGGACGCGGAGACCGAGACUCGACACCCGAUCCGUCUGUACACUCGCUACAUCGACAAGAUCUGGGUAUUCUUGCGAUUCACGGCCGAGGAGUCUAGAGAUCUCAUCCAGCGGUUCCUCACGGAGCAGCCCGACCCGAACUUUGAGAACGUCAUCGGGUACAAGAGCAAGAAAUGCUGGCCGAGAGACGCUCGCAUGCGUCUGAUGCGACACGACGUGAACCUGGGCAGAGCCGUAUUCUGGGACCUCAAGAACCGUCUCCCGAGAUCUGUCACCACAAUCGAGUGGGAUGACAGCUUUGUCAGCGUCUACAGCCGCGACAACCCCAACCUGCUCUUCUCCAUGUGCGGCUUCGAAGUUAGGAUCCUGCCUAAGAUGAGGAACAAGAACGACGAGUUUCCGGUCAAGGACAGCGUGUGGUCCCUGGUGGACAACACAACGAAAGAGCGGACGGCGUACGCCUUUUUGCAGGUGACAGAAGAGGACAUCAACAAAUUCAACAACCGCAUCCGACAGAUCCUCAUGUCCUCUGGUUCUACGACCUUCACCAAGAUUGCCAACAAGUGGAACACGGCCCUCAUCGCACUCUUCACGUACUACCGCGAGGCCGCUGUAUCCACCGUUGAUCUGCUGGAUACCAUUGUCAAGUGCGAGACCAAGAUUCAGACGCGAGUCAAGAUAGGAUUGAACUCGAAGAUGCCUUCUCGAUUCCCGCCGGCUGUGUUCUACACGCCCAAGGAACUCGGUGGUCUGGGCAUGAUUUCUGGAUCCCACAUUCUGAUUCCCGCCAGCGACAAGCGUUGGUCGAAGCAGACAGACACCGGUGUUACGCACUACCGCGCUGGUAUGACGCAUGAUGAAGAGACCCUGAUUCCUAACAUCUUCCGAUACAUCAUCCCCUGGGAGGCCGAAUUCAUCGACUCCCAGCGAGUCUGGACCGAGUACUCGCAAAAGCGCGAGGAAGCAAACCAGCAGAACCGUCGCUUGACGUUGGAGGACCUCGAGGACAGCUGGGACCGCGGUCUGCCUCGCAUCAACACCCUGUUCCAGAAGGAUCGCAGCACGCUGAGCUUUGACAAGGGCUUCCGUGCUCGGGCCGAGUUUAAGGUCUACCAGCUCAUGAAGAGCAACCCGUUCUGGUGGACUAGCCAGAGGCAUGACGGCAAGCUUUGGAACCUGAACGCGUACCGUACCGAUGUCAUCCAGGCGCUGGGUGGUGUCGAGACGAUUUUGGAGCACACCCUCUUCAAGGCCACUGGAUUCCCCUCUUGGGAGGGUCUCUUCUGGGAGAAGGCCUCUGGAUUCGAAGAGUCCAUGAAGUUCAAGAAGUUGACCAACGCCCAGCGGUCCGGUCUGAACCAGAUCCCCAACCGUCGUUUCACUCUGUGGUGGUCGCCGACCAUCAACCGAGCCAACGUCUACGUUGGUUUCCAGGUGCAGCUGGAUCUCACUGGUAUCUUCUUGCACGGCAAGAUUCCCACGCUCAAGAUUUCUCUCAUCCAAAUCUUCCGAGCCCAUUUGUGGCAGAAGAUCCACGAGUCCGUGGUGAUGGAUCUUUGUCAGGUGUUUGACCAGGAGCUCGAGUCGCUGGGCAUCGAGACGGUGCAAAAGGAGACAAUCCACCCCCGAAAGUCGUACAAGAUGAACAGCUCUUGCGCCGACAUUCUGCUCUUCGCCAGUCACAAAUGGAACGUCACGCGACCGUCCCAGCUUCACGACACCAAGGACGUGAUCGAGCCGACGACAACCAACAAGUUCUGGAUCGACGUCCAGCUGCGGUACGGCGACUACGACUCUCACGACAUUGAGCGUUACACUCGCGCCAAGUACCUGGACUACACGACGGACAGCGCCAGCAUCUACCCCUCUGCCACCGGUCUCAUGAUCGGCAUCGACCUGGCCUACAACCUGUACGCCGCCUUUGGCAUGUACUUCCCCGGCCUCAAGGUCCUGGUCCAGCAGGCUAUGGCCAAGAUAAUGAAGGCGAACCCUGCGCUGUACGUGUUACGUGAGCGUAUCCGCAAGGGUCUGCAGCUUUACGCGUCUGAGAGCAACCAGGAGUUUCUCAACUCGCAAAACUACUCGGAGCUCUUCAGCCAGCAAACCCAGCUCUUCAUCGACGACACCAACGUGUACCGCGUCACCAUCCACAAGACGUUCGAGGGCAACCUGACCACCAAGCCCAUCAACGGCGCCAUCUUCAUCUUCAACCCUCGAACGGGCCAGCUGUUCUUGAAGAUUAUCCACACGAGCGUGUGGGCGGGACAAAAGCGUCUGGGCCAGCUCGCCAAGUGGAAGACGGCCGAAGAAGUGGCAGCCCUGAUCCGAUCGCUGCCGGUGGAGGAGCAGCCCAAGCAGCUGAUUGUCACGCGAAAGGGCCUGCUGGAUCCGCUCGAAGUCCAGCUCGUCGACUUCCCCAACAUUUCCAUCCGGGCGUCGGAGCUGCAGCUCCCGUUCCAAGCGGCGAUGAAGGUCGAGAAGCUGGGUGACAUGAUUCUGCGUGCGACGGAGCCACAGAUGGUGCUUUUCAACCUCUACGACGAGUGGCUGAAGAGUAUCUCGUCCUACACGGCGUUUUCUCGUCUCAUCCUCAUCCUGCGAGCGCUGCACGUCAACCCCGACAAGACCAAGCUCAUCCUGCGUCCGGACAAGACGGUCAUCACGCUGGACCACCAUAUCUGGCCAUCGCUGUCCGACGAGGAAUGGAUCAAGGUGGAGACGCAGCUGCGAGACCUCAUCCUCAACGACUACGGCAAGAAGAACAGCGUCAACGUGUCGAGCCUGACGAGCAGCGAGGUCCGAGACAUCAUCCUGGGCAUGGAGAUCUCGGCGCCGUCGAUGCAGCGGCAGCAGGCCGCCGAGAUUGAGAAGCAGCAGCAGGAGCAGCAGCAGCUCACGGCCGUCACGACCAAGACGCAGAACGUGCACGGCGAGGACAUCAUCGUGACGACGACGUCGCAGUUUGAGCAGCAGACGUUUGCGUCCAAGACGGAGUGGCGCACGCGCGCCCUGGCGACGGCGAACCUGAACAAGCGGACCAAGAACAUCUACAUCUCGUCGGUGGACAACGACAUGGAUGACAUGACGUACGUGAUGCCCAACAACAUCAUCAAGAAGUUCAUCACCAUCGCCGACCUCCGCGUCCAGGUCGCCGGCUACCUCUACGGAGCAUCGCCGCCCGACAACGACCAGGUCAAGGAGAUUCGGUGCAUCGUCAUGAUCCCGCAGAUCGGCGGCCUGCGCAACGUGCAGCUCCCGCAGCAGCUGCCCCAGAGCGAGCUGCUCGAGGGCCUGGAGCCCCUGGGCGUCAUCCACACGGUGUCGGGCAACGAGCUGCCGUACAUGUCUGCCGCGGACGUGACGGAGCACGCGAGGCUGCUGGACGCGCACGAGGAGUGGAAUAAGAACAACGCGGUGACGGUGUCGGUGUCCUUCAUGCCCGGCAGCGUGUCCAUGUCGGCCUGGGGCCUCACCACCGAGGGUUACAAGUGGGGUGCGGAGAACAAGGACACGCAGAGCGACCAGCCGCAGGGCUUCACGCACACCAUGGGCGAGAAGCGCAAGAUGCUCCUGAGCCCGAGGUUCAAGGGCUUCUUCCUGGUGCCCGACGACGGGCGGUGGAACUACAGCUUCAUGGGCAGCGCCUUUGCGGGCAUGGAGAAGAAGCCCGUGCACGUGAGGCUCGACAACCCGUUGCCCUUCUACAACGACCAGCACCGGCCGGUGCACUUCCACAGCUUUGCCGAGCUCGAGGACAUUUGGGUGGACCGCAACGACAACUUUGACUAG